AAAUGUAUUCCAUUACCAACUGGAAGAAUGCAAAGAAACCAAACUACAACACAAACGUGGAUAAAUUAUUCCCAUAUUCCGAGGUUCCUUACCUAGGAGAGUACAACUUGGUGAAAAUACCAGUUUCCCUCAACAACCAGAUUCAACAUGUGGAUUACUGGGGCGAGGGUAGAAUUGUUUCCGAGGACGGUAUCACUGGGUUCACUAACUGCUACAACGUCCAUCAUCAGUACCACGUGGUGAGCGGUGGCGCCGACCGGGACAGUAAGAUACCGAACAGGAUCCCCGUCGCCAGCUGCUCCGAGUGCGACACCAGCGCCUACAUCAGAGACAAUUCCGUCAUCACCGUCACCAUCACGGACGCGUCGCGCAUCAACACCAACUGUGCCAAGGAUAUAGCCCGCAUUGUCAACAAUGAUCUUGGCAGAGUAAUUGUGUAUGGAAGUCAAUACAAUUCAAGAGAAGUACUAAGUCUCGCUUUAGAAUUAGAAAGAAAAGGUCUUUUUGCUUGUCCACAGGUCGAUCUCUCCGAAGAUCUUCAAGGCCUAAAGUUUGAUAGUCAUGUGGCUUUCCUGAAUGAAUUGGAAGCAAAUAGUUGUUUAUAUAAAAACAUCACCAACUCUAACUAUGAACGUGCCAUCUCAAUGACUCAGAUGUUAGCAAACGUGGAAAAUGGACAGAUCAUCGAUCAAGUAGUCACGAAGCUUAUCAAUGAUGCUCCACGGACCGCUAUGUCAUACGCUUACAAGUUGUGGAACGCUGGCUCUCGCGAUCUAGUUCGUAAACAUUUCAGAAAAUCAUUUGCGUACAUUCUUAAUGAAGACCCUGUGACUAUAGCCAACUUGAAAUUUCACCAACCCUUGAAACUUGAUAUGGACACCGACUCCUACGGCGAUAGACUAGUUUGGGGUGACAACGCCUGCGACUUAUCCAGUGAGAGAGUGAGCUGGAAACUCAUUCCUGUUUGGGACAACGACGGCGUCACCUUCAAGCUGUACAACAUUGACUGCAGCAUGUAUCUGAAAUUGGACGUGAACGUGGACAAUAUAGGAGAUAGACAAGCCUGGGGCUCCAACAAUUCCGAUGAACUCAGACAUAGAUAUUACUUAGAACCUGGAUUUAAAAAUAGUUCCCUCGUAUUCCAUAUUGUAAACUGUGAAUACAAACAAGGACUGAAAAUGGCUGUGGCCGUGGAUGAAAUUGGAGACAGGGGCCUGUGGGGCCACGGUGGCAGCAGUAUUGAUGAUAGCCGCUUAUGCUGGCUUAUCAAACCAUUUUCUGAUCCUUCUGUUGAUGAAUCUGAUUUAUUAUUUCGUCUUUAAUGUUGCCAAUCAGACUUUAUUCUAAUAACAUACGUGUAAAACGUUCAAAAUAAAUUAACUUCUAUAAAAUGUAAUUAAACAAAUUUGAAAAUUA